AUGGUUAAUUCAGUGCAAAUGCAGGAGCUUCCUCUUUCCCCGUUUGCUUCCAAAGUAGCGGUGGAAAGUCUACCGUCGCAUGCUAACGUCGGUCCUAUAAAUUCGAGGCGUGGGGAAGGUGAGAAAUCUGGAGAUCAGAUUGACCAGGUUCUUGACCUUGAAAGCGGCUCGGUCGACCAUCUCGACCAAUCGGGACAGCACGUGGUCAGGAAUCUAAAGUCCAGACACAUCCAGCUGAUCGCACUUGGUGGUGCCAUCGGUACUGGUCUGUUCAUAGGUUCUGGUGGUGCACUAAGCACCUGUGGCCCAGCACCAGUACUUAUUGCUUACAUGGUCAUGUCCUUUUUUGUCUGGUGUCUGAUGAACUGUCUGACCGAGAUUGUGACAUUAAUACCUUUAUCAGGCGAAACCUCCAUGUUUUCCAUGGUUGGUACCUACCUCAACCGUCCACUAGCAUUCAUGUGUGGCUUCAACCUUUUCUAUGCGAUGGCAAUGAUUGUUCCCGCAGAGAUUACUGCAACAGCCAUAUUGAUUCAGUAUUGGACAGAUGCCAACUCGGCGAUCUUCAUUUCGAUAUUUAUCGUUGUUACAAUUAUUUUGACAAUGCUACCUGUUAAUUUCUUUGGCGAAAGUGAAUUUUGGGUUUGUACCAUCAAAAUCCUGUGUAUCACCGGCUUAAUCAUUUUGGGUGUUGUCAUCUUCUUCGGUGGUGCUCCUAACCAAGACCACGUCCUCGGCUUCCACUACUGGAAGCACCCAGGCGCAUUCAACCCCCAUCUCGCACCGGGAAACACAGGGAAGUUUUUGGCAGUCUGGACUGCCAUUAUCAAGAGUGGUUUCUCUUUUGUGUUAAUGCCCGAGGUUGUUGUGUCCUGUGCGGCGGAAGCCAAGAGCCCAAGAAGAAAUAUGCCCAGAGUAGCCCAAAGAUUCGUGUACCGUCUAGCGCUUUUCUAUGUUGGUGGAUCCUUGGUAAUUGGUGUCAUCGUCGCUUACAACAACGAUCGCCUAUUGAACGCCAUCGCCUCCGGUGAAUCCAACGCUGCUGCCUCGCCCUUUGUGAUUGGCAUCCAAGAGUUUGGAAUCCGUGUUCUUCCCCAUAUCAUUAACGCUUGUAUUUUGACUAGUGCUUACUCGGCCGGUACUUCGCUACUGUAUGGUUCCUCGAGAACAUUGCACUCCAUGGCCCUAAGAGGAGCUGUCCCAAAGAUCUUCGGUAAGACCAAUCGCUUUGGUACCCCAUAUGUCAGUGUCGCUGCUGCUAGUUUGUUCACUUUCUUGGCCUACCUAAACUGUUCGGAUUCCUCUAGUAUUGUCUUCACUUGGUUGUCGAACAUCGCCACAAUCUCAGGUUUCGUGGAUUGGGCGCUGGUGUGUGUUGUUUACUUAAGGUUCAGAAACGUAAUCGACCAUGCCAACCUCAAUGACAGAAUACCAUUUAGGAAGCGUUUCAUGAAACCUUUGGCUUACUUCACCUUGGCGUUUUUUGUGAUACUAUCCUUGACCAACGGGUAUGCCGUUUUUGUAGGAGAUAACUGGAACACCAGCGACUUUUUUGCAAGCUACGUGACCAUCGGUUUGGUUAUGGUUCUCUACCUCGGUGCUUCCAUUUAUUACAAGACCUGGAGACUCAGAGACUUGGACACAGUUGCCCAGGAAAUUAUUCCCAAAAUCGAUUUUGCUGACGAAGAGGAAAGACGCGACAUUCCAAGUGAGCCAAAGAACUGGGUCGAAAAAGUCUGGCAAUUCCUCAUCUAA